AAGAAGGAGAAUAAAAACAUUGCUUGACACAAAGGCAUUGGAAAUCAAAUUAAUUCACUUACAGAUGAGUACUGAAUGGGAUUAUGACCUUUUCUCCAAACCCAGCAGGAAAGAAAGUACAGUCUUUUACACCAUUCCUACCAACUGCAGCUUUAACUUAUUUAUAACUUCUCUACUUUCUCAAAUGCAAGUGAAUAAGAGAUUUCACAUAGCUUUCCUUUCGGGUCUUGGAUGUAGUUUGUCGUGUAUAACGAUGAAGUUGCUGCGGACCUGCGGACCAUGCAGCGGACACGUAUUGCUCGAACGGAUCGCCUUUUUGGUCCCAGUGACUCGCCGUACUCUAGUGACGUCACCGCCCUCUGCUAGUUUGUAUUGUUUUGGCGCGGUGUUCGAAUAAUUCUGUAAACAUUCGCUUUCCUACUACGAAACAUGGAGCGCGGAAGGAUGAGUCGAGUCACAGGCAGACCAUCGGAGCCUAUGCGAGUGCAAGACAGCAACCGGAUGAGCAUGGUGUAUACAACGCCCCAAAGUAAACAGCCUUCAUUUGGAAAGCUCAACAUCCCCAAACCACAGUCCGUGAACUCUGAGAGGCGGACCAGCUUCUUUGGGGGCCGCAGAACUAGUGGAGCCAGCAUGCCUCGCAACAGCAUCAUGUCAGGGUUUGGUGGAACUGAGAAGAUCAAAGAUGCCAGACCUCUGCAUGAUAAGUCCUUUGUUCAGCAGUGUAUCAGGCAGCUGCAUGAGUUCUUGACAGAGCAGGGUUACCCGGGCACCCUGGCACCCAAAACCCUCCAGUCUCCCUCUACCAAGGAGUUUGUAAAGAUGUUUGAGUUUGUCUACCGCCAGCUCGACCCAACCUUUGAAAUGCCAAACUCCAAAGUUGAGGAGGAGGUUCCAGCUCUGCUUAAAAACCUGAGGUAUCCAUUUGUUCUCUCCAAGUGCUCCAUGUAUUCUGUUGGAGCUCCACACACCUGGCCCCAGGCCCUUGGUGCUCUCAUGUGGCUGAUUGACAAUGUAAAGAUAAAUUGGAGUUUGAGUCGUCAGGAGCUGCUGUUCAGUGACUUCUGUGAGGACGGUGACAACAUAGAGGAGGGGGCUGAGUAUAACAAGCUUUUCCUGGACUACACAGCUGAGACAUACAGCAAGUUCAUGCUGGGUGACGACAUAUUCGAGGAAGAGGACGAGACAUUCAUCAAUAAACUGAAGAAACUUUACAACGUCGAUGAGGCCCUGCUGAUCUCGAUGGAGGAGAAGCACAGAAUACUGAGUGAGGAGCUCGAACAACUGGAGAAGGAGAGUCAGACGGACCGACUGAUGACCAAGAGGAUGGAAAAGGUGAAGCUUCAGGCAGAUCUCAAGAAGCUCCAGACUUACCGAGGCAGCCUGGAUACUUUUAAAGCCAACCUGGAGCACAAAGCGUCAGAACUGAAGGAUGAGCUGGAGACUAACAUCAGUCACCUGGAGUCUCUGAAACACGAGCAAAAUGAACUGCAACACCUCCUGCAGAACCAGAAGUUCACUCCAGCUGAUGUAGAGAGGAUCAACAGAGAGAAGAGGGAACUCCAGCAAACCAUCUCCAGUCUCAGCAAGUCUCUGGAGGAGGCUGAACAACACAAGUGGAAUGAGGAGAUAGCCCUGGCCAAAGUGAAAGAGAAGGCGGAGUUGAGGGUUGCAGAGUACCACAAGCUGGCUCGUAAACUGAAGCUGAUCCCGCUGUCUGCAGAGAACGCGUGUGGACACGACUUUGAGAUCAGACCAUUUGAAUGUGGACCCGGCAGCAUGGUUCAGCAUAAAACCCAGAUACAGAUGCUCCUGAGGAAGCUGGUGAGUGACGUGGAGGAGGAGAACAGUCGAUUAGCCAACAUGAAGCUCAGCCUGGACGAAUCUUGUGAACAGGUGGAUUCUAACAUCAUGGACAAGUCCAAUGACCUGAAACUGCUGAGAGAGCAGAUUCGCAAGCUGGAUGAACGGCUGGAUUGUGACAUGCAGGAGUUGGCUAGAGAGGAACAGGACUGGGCAGAAGAGGUGGACUCAGUGGAGAACCAUCGAAAGCUUCUCGAGAAGAAGGUGAAUAUUGGUUACGAGGAGGCUGUGCAACAACUGAAGACAGCACAACAACAGUACCACCUGGUACUGCAGGAGACCAAUGAGGAAAGGAGAACAGUAGCCAACAAUCUUGCAUCUGUGUUUACCACUGCAACAGAUCACCUCUCGAUCACAGAGAAGUUCCUGGAGGAUCUGCACAGCAGGGUGCAGCGUCUCUGCUCUAAAACUCUAGAGGAGGACGAGGCAGUUGUGCAGAACUUGCGGGACACUCUGAAAAGCUUCAGGUCGAAGGCAACCACUUUAUGAAGUGAGCCAGAGGGAUGAAGGCCUUCAUGUUCUGCAGGAUGGAGGUGAUUUCAGAGACUAUGGAAGUUUGCGAUUAACCUUGUGUUUGUGUUUUAAUUUGUUUCCAACCUUGCAAAAAGAAACUAUUCUCCUAUUCAUUUGAUUUUUAUGUAUUUGUUCUUAACAGUUUUAGAGAAUUCUUACAUGUCUUUGAAUCUUAGAUUUAAAAAGUAACACGUUUUGGUCUCUGUCAGUUUUCUCUUUGUAACUUAUUCUGCAUUUAAAAUAACAGUUGUGUAUUUUAGCUUUCGCAUAUAUUUUAAUACAGAGUGGUUUGGUGAAGGUGAACAUUUAGUUAUCUUUAUGCAUGUUAGUUAUCUGCUUUACGGACUACAGAUUUACAUGUUUUUGUGUCUUGUGUCAUUUUGUAUUGACACUUUUCCAUUUUUUACCUAUUUCCAUUCAUAGGACAAUAAAAAUGUUUUAUCACCCUUCAACGUAGAUUCAAAAAUGUUCUUCCUUUGACGGCAAGACAGCAAAGAAAAACACAAAACUCUUUUUCACCAUCAAACAUUAAAAGACAUGUUAGUCACACCUUUUUCAAAAGCA